AUGGAUCGACCCAAUAUUGGCCCCGGCCUCACCAGUGCCGGACCCGCGGUUCCCGAUGACUCUGCACGCCGAGCGACUGACAAGACAUAUCGUGAUAUCAGUGUGACCAGUGUCGUAUGCGAAAGAUCCGAUGCGAUAAAGACUGGCCCUGCUCCAACUGUCGCACAGCCAAGCGUUCCUGCACAUCUACAGGUGUUGGUCAAAGACCCAAAGAGCCGCGGCAGCGAGUUCUCAUCUCAUCUCAAUACUCGGUUGGGCAGCAUAGAAAACCUCCUUCGCGAUCUCUCUCAGCGACCCAUCUCCACACCAGGAAGUAACGUCCAUUACCCUACGACCCCUGCACAGUUCACCAGUGUAGAUACAGCCGCCGCAUCUACCGUAGGUUUUGACAGCUCGGACGACGAGUCUGCGUUGGGUGGUGAUUCUGUCAUCGCCCAGCAAACCACCUUUGCUAGCGAGCUCCUCGAGCAUGCUGUGGAGCGUACUUCUCUCCAUGAUGUCAGCCCCAAGAUGUGGGAGGCUCUCGCCAACUUAAGACAAAUAGCCGAGCUUCAGAGUCGACAGUCAAUCAGCCAUGGGCCUCGAUUUCCACUACAGCAGCCGUUGCCAAAGGGGGGUCUGGGCCAGCUCAGGAUGCCGCCCAUGGAUGUUGUUGUUUCCCUAUUGAAACGAGUCAAAGCUUCUCCGCCGGGUCUCUUUACUUUUGUGUGCUAUUUCGUGGGAAUCAGUGACUUCUCCAAUCUAUGCCGAAUGGUGUACUUCCCUACGGAGGACUUUGCUGAUUCCAUUUUCAUCAUCGUCAACGUCGGGCUUUAUUACCUAUUCCUUGAGCAGCAAACCUUGGCUACCGACAAGGCUCUCAAAGAUGAGUUCGCAUCACAUCUUCACACAAGCCGGAUCAACCUGGAAACUGGCUUGGCAAAUAUGUCUCUGUUCAUGUCGGUCAAGGUUGAAACGGUCCAAGCUCUAAUAAUGGGGACAUUGUAUGCUAUCGAUGUGUGCAGACCUUCCGUCGCAUGGCACCUAAAUAGUGCUGCUGCCCAAAUGUGUCAGACAGCCGGCUUCCAUCGCAAAGACCACGCCAUACGUAACCCAGAGGAAGCUGGUAUCAAGUCGAUUCUAUUUUGGUACAUAUACACCACUGACAAAGCGCUGGCAAUUCGACUAGGCCGUGCCCCUAUCAUUCAGGAUUGGGAAAUCGAUAUUCCACGCACCUUCAGCUUUGAAGGCAUACUAAGUCUGGAAACCAAAGCUGUUGCCACAAUGUGGCUCAGCGCUGCAACACUCCAGGGCCAAGUGUACGAACAGCUGUUUUGCCCAGCAGCAUUGGCUCAACCGCCUGCCGUACUCGUCGAAAGAGCGCUAUCACUUGCAGCGAAGUGCCGUGAGGUAGAGGCAGAAGCUCAUCAAAGUCGGGAAAUGGCCAUUGCUUCUCUUGAAAAAAUUGGUGCUUCGCCCCUUGUCGAUGUCCAUCUCAAGGGUGAUGAGGUACAGCUGUUAUCGACUAUGACACUCAUAUAUCGUGCGAUCCCGGCUCCCGAGGGCUCAGCCAGUAGGUUCUGUGAUGAGUGCAUCGAGACUGCACGAAGAGCGACAAAUACUCAUUUGACAUGCAUGGAACUUGUGCGGCAAGACCCCCAUGCGAGAAACAUGUAUGUCCAUUGGAAUCUGGUUCUGACCCCGUUCGCUCCUUUCUUCGUUCUGUUUUGCUAUGUCGUCGAAACAAUGUCGGCAAAAGACUUGUCUCUCCUAAGAGAAUUCAGCGCGUCAAUUGAAGAAACUAGCGAUGCAUCUGAGACAAUGCAAAAACUCUCGCGAUUAUGCAAUCUGAUGAGUAACGUUGCAGCGCUUUAUGUCGAAGCCAAGUCCCAACAACAGGAAGACCACGCAAUGGUACCCAUCGGAGAUGAGUUCGAUGUAUACUUGAGUCAACUCGGAUUCAUGCCUGUGAUGGAUCCUAACAUGAACACUGCUGGGGGGGAUAACAAUGGCGCGUUUGCCGAGAAUUCGCAGGUGGCACAGAUGGCAGACUGGAUGUCUGGAAGCCGGAAUCUGCUGGGUUUGUUGGAACAAGAUAUAUCCCAACUGGGGGGACCACAAUGGCCACCGAUGUAG